GCACCUCCUGACACUAAUUGUGACUGAAAUCGAGGCUAAGAAUUUCCACGUUUGGUGCAACAUAUUCACCGGUCAGUCUUGGAUCGGAAUAACCCAUCUUGGAGUAUGCCACCCAAGAAGAAGGUUGAGGAGGAGAAGCCAGCGAUAAUUGGUCGUGUUGGGACCAAUCUGAAAGUUGGAAUUGUUGGAUUGCCUAAUGUAGGGAAAUCCACAUUCUUCAAUGUGUUGACUAAAAGUCAGGCUUCAGCUGAAAACUUUCCAUUCUGCACUAUAGAACCAAAUGAAAGCAGAGUGCCAGUACCAGAUGCCAGAUUUGAUUGGCUCUGCAACUUUCACAAACCAUUAAGCAAAGUACCAGCCUUUCUUCAUGUGACUGACAUAGCUGGUCUUGUGAAGGGAGCAGCAGAGGGUGAAGGUCUAGGCAAUGCUUUCUUAUCUCACAUCAGUGCUUGCGAUGCCAUCUUCCACAUGACCAGGGCCUUUGAGGAUGAUGAUGUCACACAUGUAGUGGGUAAUGUGGACCCUGUUCGUGAUAUGGAAAUUAUACAUGAAGAAUUGCGACUCAAAGAUGAGGAGUAUAUUAAGAAACAAUUAGUUAGUUUAGAGAAAGUCUGUGGCCGAGGCAAUGACAAAUCUAAAAAGCAUGAAUGGGAUACAAUGAAAAAAAUUGAUAAAUUAGUGUGUGAUGAAAAGAAACGGGUUCGAAAUGGGACAUGGGAUGGCAAAGAAGUAGAAGUGCUGAAUCAACAUCUAUUUUUAACCUGUAAACCCAUGGUAUACUUGGUAAACCUAUCAGAAAAAGAUUACAUUAGGAAGAAAAAUAAAUGGUUGGUAAAGAUAAAGCAGUGGAUAGAUGAGAAUGACUCAGGAUCUGUUCUGAUACCAUUCAGUGGUGUGCUAGAGUUGAAGCUCUUGAAUAUGGAGCCUGAAGAGAGAGAGGCUUACCUCAAGGAAAAGGGAAUCACAAGUGGGCUGGAGAAGAUCAUCCUGAAUGGCUACAAGGCUUUGGGACUCAUGUAUUUCUUCACAUGUGGCGAGGAUGAGGUGAAAGCCUGGACCAUUCAGAAAAAUACGAAAGCCCCUCAGGCAGCUGGCAAGAUCCAUACAGACUUUGAGAAGGGUUUCGUCAUGGCUGAGGUGAUGGCCUAUGAGCAUUUUAAGGAAGAGGGAUCAGAAGCUGCAGUGAAGGCUGCAGGUAAAUAUAAGCAGAAAGGGCGGACUUACAUUGUGGAAGAUGGUGACAUUAUUUUCUUUAAGUUCAAUGCAGGAGCUGGACUUGGAGGGAAGAAAAAAUAGGACAAUUUGAAUUUUUCUUAAUAUUUAAGCAAUUGUUUUAUUUUAUGAUGUGUGGGAAGCUGUGUAAUGAAGUGAGUGAUAUUAACUGGAACAUUCUCGGAAAUAUAUCACUUGGUAAAAUUUGAGUGCAAAGAUAGAAGCAUGGCUUGAUGGCUUGAAAAACUUGAAAUUGAAUUAAGAUCCAACAUACAGCAGCUGUAUGCCAUUUUGUUAACUCCAAUCCUUUUAAGACAUUGGUCAACAAAAACAACAUUUUAUUUAAAUUAAUUCUCCCUUCUACUGUAAGACUUGGAAUAAAAUCAAUGGUUUAGUAUUCCUAGAGUAAGAUGACUGGAUAGUAUGGGCAUAAGUGAUAAAUUCUGCAUGUAUCCAACUAUGAAGUUAUUUGAACUUUUCUAUGAAACUAGUUUUUGACACCUCCCAGAUCACCAAGAAGUGUUGACAUAUAUUGUAAGCCACCUUUAAAGAUCACCAUUAACACCAAAACUUGCAUGAAUUAGAUGUGCCAACUCUCUGCCAUCAGUGAUCUUAUCAGUGUUCCUUUGACGAUGUACGGUAUUGUAUAUUCUCCGCAUGUUCAUCGCAAUAACAUGAUAAUCAAGAAUUGGUCCAUACUACCAUUAUGUUGCCGUUAAUUAUACAAUUAUUCGAACCAAAUGUGUCAUGUUAACAGUUGAUACUGUGUAUAGUACAAUAAACAUGUGAAUUUCCUAAUAUUUUCUGUUUAUUAAAUACAUUCCUAAAGUUUAGUGUUCUGUUCAAAAGAGAAAGUAAAUCCUCGAAAAAAUAUCCUUCCAGGUUAACUAAAAGUCCCACCAUACUAAUAUUUCCUAAAUAUCUAAUUCAAGAUUGAAAAAGCAAAAAUUGCUUCUCUUUAUUUAACUUUUGAGUGUGAGUGAUACCCUGGGCAUUUUUGAGUCACAAAGGUCUGUUGCACAUAUAAAGCAAAAAAUUUCCAACAUAUGUACAUUGCAGCAUGUUAUCAUGCAUCAUGGGUAUUUAUAUUAAAUGAAAAUCUUGUAAGAAUCAAAAAGGGUUAGCCUACACAAGUAUCCAAACAUUAAGUUCAAUGACAUGCCAAUGUAAUGUGGUUGUAUGAAUGUAUGAUUAUGGGUAAUGGUUAUGUAGAAUGAUAAUGGAAAAGAUGUAAAACAUUAACAAAAAGUGCCACCAGCUAAUCUUCACACUCAUUAAAUUAAAUGGUUAAAUAAGCUGUACCAAAAAAAAACUUUA